CAUGGGAAGAACUCUCCAGAUAGUAGUGACAGUGAACUGGAGCUCUCUGCUGUUCGCCACCAGCCAGAGGGGUUGGACCAACUCCAGGCUCAGACCAAGUUCACCAAGAAGGAGCUGCAGUCUCUGUAUAGAGGAUUCAAAAAUGAAUGUCCCACUGGCUUGGUGGAUGAAGACACCUUCAAGCUCAUCUACUCCCAGUUUUUCCCUCAGGGAGAUGCCACCACAUAUGCACAUUUCCUCUUCAAUGCCUUUGAUGCAGAUGGGAAUGGGGCCAUUCACUUUGAGGAUUUUGUGGUGGGUCUCUCAAUUUUGCUUCGAGGAACAGUCCAUGAGAAGUUGAAAUGGGCCUUUAAUCUCUAUGAUAUUAAUAAGGAUGGAUACAUCACAAAAGAGGAGAUGCUGGCCAUCAUGAAAUCCAUUUAUGACAUGAUGGGUCGUCACACCUACCCCAUCCUGAGGGAAGAAGCCCCAUUGGAGCACGUGGAAAGGUUCUUCCAGAAAAUGGACAGGAAUCAAGAUGGAGUGGUAACCAUUGAAGAAUUCCUAGAGACUUGUCAAAAGGAUGAAAACAUCAUGAGUUCCAUGCAGUUAUUUGAGAACGUGAUAUAGAAGGGAGAAGCAUUCAGUUGCCACGCUCCCCAGCCUCUGCCUCAGAAGGCCACCUUCAUACUGACAGGCGCCACCAUCACAAGAAACUUUUUUUUUUU